AUGACUCGAGUCUGGGAACGAUCCUUUCAAAAGUGUCGGCUAGCUCAGAAGUACUCCGAUCUCCUUCCGCAAGGAUUGCAAAACGAGCAUUUGUGCUUUCAGAAUCAGCCUUUUCUUGUCCCUGGCUCGUGUAACGCAAUGUCAGGCAGCACAAUCGAACAAGAAUACGGCGACGAAAAGAUUUAUAUUCAUGGAAUCAAUUUAUUUGGCCGAGAUUGUGGUUACGGUGAGCCGGCUGUAGGUAUACGGCUCAUUGCACACAAAGCAUGGCUUGAAUCGGUACUCCUUCCACACUUAAAAAGCGAGUCACUUGUGUAUAUUGAUCCUGAUCUGGAACUUGGCGACGAGUGCGAGUAUGCCGAUGGGACGAAAGGCAUUUGCGUUGCUAAACAAAGCUGUCCAGCUAUUCACACACGACUGCAGUACAAACAACAGAUUUCUUUCUGCUCAAAUGCGACUGUUGUUUGUUGUUCUAACAAAGCUACCAAUCCUCGAAUGAUGGCAAUAGAAAACGAAUUCAACGAGUGUGAGGAGCGCUAUCGUCAUUUACGAACUGAUCAACAUAAUGAAAGAUCGCAUGCCGUUGAAGUAGGAUGGCAAGAUGAUCGCAACACAACGUAUGGAUGUUACGGAUACCUCAUCAGUACACGUGGUGUUGUAUCGUCGGCAUCCUGCUUGUUGAAAAGAGCUGAUCUACCGAACAUUGUACGCAUAGGAGGAUUCGAUUCUUUGGACAAUUCGCGUGUUAUUCCUAUUGAACGUGUGAUCAUCCAUCCCAACUACGAGAAGGCAAAACAACAGCACAAUAUAGCAAUAGUGAGACUGGAAACAGCAGUGGAUCCAACGGAAAACGCAUUUCCUACGUGUCUUUGGCAGAACAUUACUCAUUCGCCGAAAAACCAGAUAGUAAUGGAUUUAGCAUCUAGUUCCAUCGAUCUUCUUAAUCCUUUGUAUAAAAGUGACUGCGAAGCUCUUUUGAAUCGUACGUUCGAUGAGCAUUAUACCCUCUGCAUGAUAUCCGGACUUCGAAUGUUCAACGCCCUGCAGUAUCAUGAUGAUUUACAAAUGCACUUUGAACCAUUGGAUGUUAUCUCAAACAACUACCUGGAAGCUGGAAGUCCGAUCGUAUGGAGAAAUCGUUUGAAUGACGUAAAUUAUCUCGUACACAUGUACAGCCACGGUAGCUGCGAUCUCAACAUACCGUGCAUAGUGACCCGUAUUACCCCGUACAUCGAGUGGUUCAAGGAAGUACUGCAGUAAACUGCAGUUUGCAAAGUGGAACAAGUGCAAGUGCAGGAAGUGGAACAGAUGUACUGAUGAAUUAAUCAU